AUGGCGCCCUCUCCUCCACGUCGGGACACCACGCCCCCAUCGUCCUCUCCUCCACGUUGGGACGCCACGCCCCCAUCAUCCCCUCCUCCACGUCGGGACACCACGCCCCCAUCGUCCCCUCCUCCACGUCAGGACGCCACUCCCCCAGCGUCCUCUCCUCCACGUCAGUACGCCACUCCCCCAUCGUCCCCUCCUCCACGUCAGGACGCCACGCCCCCAUCGUCCUCUCCUCCACGUCGGGACGCCACGGCCCCAUCGUCCUCUCCUCCACGUUGGGACGCCACGCCCCCAUCGUCCCCUCCUCCACGUCGGGACACCACGCCCCCAUCGUCCCCUCCUCCACGUCAGGACACCACGCCCCCAUCGUCCCCUCCUCCACGUCGGGACACCACGCCCCCAUCGUCCCCUCCUCCACGUCAGGACACCACGCCCCCAUCGUCCCCUCCUCCACGUCAGGACGCCACUCCCCCAGCGUCCUCUCCUCCACGUCAGUACGCCACUCCCCCAUCGUCCCCUCCUCCACGUCAGGAUGCCACGCCCCCAUCGUCCCCUCUUCCACGUCAGGUUGCCACGCCCCCAUCGUCCCCUCUUCCACGUCAGGUUGCCACGCCCCCAUUGUCCCCUCUUCCACGUCAGGAUGCCACGCCCCCAUCAUCCCCUCCUCCACGUCAGGAUACCACGCCCCCAUCGUCCUCUCCUCCACGUCGGGACGCCACGCCCCCAUCGUCCUCUCCUCCACGUCGGGACGCCACGCCUCCGGUGUCACCUCCUCCACGUCGGGCCGGGCUCCCUGGCCAGGCCCACCAUCCUGGCCGCCCCCCAGAGGGGCCCAUCUUUAGACUCAGCUGGGCCCCUCCUCCUUUGGCCCACUCACCCUCCUGUGUGGUACUGUCACGAUGCAGGAGUUAG